UCAAGAGCUAGAAGAUUUCAAACCAUUUAUUUACUUAGGGCUGACCAAAGAGGUGGUGUUUAAAUGAAUUAAAGUAAAAAAAAGGUUCUAUUAUAUUUGAAGGGCAAAAACAAGAACAGCUCGGGUCAAAGUCCAGACAGUGUUAAUACAGGUUAUAAAGGACGCUGAAAACUAAAACAAGCUUAUUACAAGAUAAUGUGAGUCUUCAUCGCUAUCGCAGUCAACAUUUCGCACGUGACAAGCUUGCCUACAAAUUACCUGGCCGCCGUACGCAAUCAGAAAACCAAUAUCGCAAAUCCCCGGAGGCUGUAAUUAAGUUGUUCUAGCUAGCCCCAAGCGUUUAUUGUUUUGUAUAGCCUACAUGAACGCAUUUUAAUAGGUUAUCAUCUUCCACUACAUAAUCCCCUUGAGUGCUCGUAAGUUAUUUGCUGUUAUUAUCCAUGUAAUUUAAUUUUAACGGUACUUUUUCAUCACGUUUAUGCUUUACGGACAUUAAUUGGUCAUGUGUUUCAAUGUAAAGUGAAGGGAAAUUAAUAUAAUCGAGUUUAAAGGACAAAAAAAUCUAAUUACUAUUAUUGAGUAUCACAUGCCCGAGACGAAUCUUGCAUGUAAGCAUCACCAUGUACAAUUAUAUCCCUCCCUAAGCAUUCGAGGGUUAAACAAUUUCACGAAUUUAAUUUCAGUAGCAUUUCAAAAAAGGUCGCAUAUUCAAAUGCCGCUUUGACAUUUAAAUAUUUUAACGUUCUUUUUCGUUUUCGUAUCUAUGAAUAAAAAGACGAUCAGUUUGUCGGAUAUUGUUUUUGUGAAGGCUGUUUUCUGUUGAAUUUUUUUUACUGCAAAAAGUGAUUAUUAUUUUUUGAUCGACUAGUGAAGCUUGGAAGUGUAGUUUAGGGUUUUCCAGAGGGCUGGAAACGUGUGUAGAAUAAAUAGCUUGCUGUAGGUAAAUAGAGCAAGCGAGUGCAUUGGCCGUCGCCUCGUUGUUGGUACAUCGUGUUCGUUUACGGCACAUCGAGCUAUGUGCUAUACAGGCCGGCUCGUGUCGCCGGGAAAUGCGCCUGUUUGUGAUGGAGAAAAUGAAAAUGACAAGAUGGAGGAACGGGAAAGCGCCCCGGACCACGGGGUCCCGGACAUGACCAUGAUGCCGGAGAUCACGGAGCAAGCCAUCAACGACAACCUCAAGACGCGAUACAUACACGACCUCGUUUACACUUACACGGGAUCUAUUCUAGUCGCAGUGAAUCCUUACAAGGAGUUAGGAUGUUACACAACGGUAAGUUUUAUGAAUUUUCCUUACUUAUUAGUACUUAGAACCUACCACCAAGAAAAUGAUGGUAGGAAGCAAUAUGCAAGAUACUUAUGUGAUAUCGGAUUUCUCACGCUUAUUUACCGGGAUCUGCCGGAAUAG